AUGUCUUCCGAUAAUGCAGAUUCUACACCGUCAAUCCUCACCCCUCCCUUCGUAACUGUCGAUGGUAUCCUCAAUGUCCGUUCGGUCGGCGGCUACUCCAUCAUCUCUGGCGACUCCGAUGAAAGCUUGCGGUCACUAAUUGUCAAACCCUCAUAUCUCUUCCGCGCAGCUGAGCCGACGCGCGUGACGGAGCUCGGCAAGGCGCAGCUGCGCGCCCUGGGAGUGAGGAAAAUAUUCGACUUUCGGUCUGAUAGUGAGAUCCGGAAAUACAAGGCCGCGACGCCCGAGUUUGACGGUGUCACCAUCGUGAAGGCACCUGUGUCCGAUGAUGAGGCGUAUGAUCCUGCCAGCCUCGCUUUAAGAGUCCAGGCAUUUGAGACCGAUGCAGCGCAGGCAUUCGCGAAGCUUUACGAAGGAAUUCUCGAUCUCGCCGGCCCCGCGUUUGCGAAGGUCCUGCACCAUAUCAGAGACAAUCCCGACGAGCCUUGCUUGGUGCACUGCACAGCUGGAAAAGAUAGAACAGGCGUCUUUGCCGCAGUAUUUCUCAAGUUCUUGGGAGUAAGCGAUGAAGAUGUCGCCAAGGACUAUUCUUUGACCGAGAUAGGCCUCGAGCCCAUGAUGCCCUUGCUGGUCGCGCGGUACCGUAAUGAGCCCGUCUUCAAGGACAAAUGGGAGGCCACUAUGAAGAUGGCUAGUGCAAGGCCUGAGACGAUUCUGGCCACGCUAGACAUAGUACAUAAGAAGUACGGUGGUGCGGAGAAUUAUUUAAAGGAGAAGGCAGGGUUGACAGACGAGGACCUGGAGGCGAUCAAGAAGAAUGUAUUGGUACGGAAACCAUCUCUCUAGACUUGAAUGAGAUCGUGAUCAUCGAUUC